AUGUUCCUCAACCCGCUCAGGAAAGAAUGCGAAAUAACGAGGAGUGACUGCGAGGAGUUUAUUCGGGUCGUCAAAAGGUUCGGCAAAUCAUUCUCAGAAAAGGACUUAGCCCAGUACUGCCGUUUAAAUAACAUCCCGAUAAGCGAACACACCAUUGAAUGCAUGUUCGAGGAGUUCUUUCUAAACAAAAAAAAUGAAAGGGAGAGCCGCGAAAUCACCGCCGACGAUCUGAUAUCCCUGACGUCCAAAAAAACGAACAGAUGCUUCUACGUGCCGGUCGUCGUUUAUAUAGGAAAGUGUAACCACAUACGAAGCUACGAAGAAGGACUCAUAAAAGCAAAAGAAAAAAAAAAAAAAAAUGAACAAAUCGAAAGGGACAAUUUGAGAAGACAGAUGAAGAGGGAUAAGAAAAAUAGGCAGAGAAAUGAGCAGAUGAAUUACGUUUGGGAAGAUGAACUUUGGGGCAAGUCCAACCGUUGCAGUGAGGCCAUGUCGAUAGAUCGUGAGGGGCAACAUGAGUUGGGGAGCACCGAUUUGAAAACAAGAAAUAGUGACAGCGGGGGUGUGUGCCAAGUUGGGAAGGAGAACGGGGAAGGGGUCCCAAAUGGUGAAGACCCCAACGGGGAACCGCGCCCCAGCCAAGCGAACUGUGCUAACACGGAACAGCCGCAUGAACAGGUGGACUGUCCGAAGGAAGUCGAAGCAACUGAAAAGAAAAAAGGCAAUCACAGUACGCAUAACAGUGGAAAAAUGAAAAAGUCUACGCCCGGCAGAAAAGGAAAAAGCGCCGCCUUACAACAGGAAAAGAAAACGAGUGAAAGACCCCCCACAGAGGAAACGAAGCAACUCCCCCCGCAGGAGCAGAAGACGGACAAGCAAAUCUACUACGAUUCGCUCAUGAAGCGGGUGAUAUAUAACGUAGAAAAAAAAAAGGAGAGAAAAAAAAAACACCUCACAACAUUCAACUUUGUUACUUACUACAAACUGCAUGAGCUCAUAUAUAUUUCCUUCCUGGUGGACAAGUACCAGGGGUACUACAAAGGCAAAGAAGAGAGCGACCUGAUCGACAUUUACGAUGAGGAGGGGAAAAAAAUGGACCGAAGGGAAGACAGAAAAGAAGAUCCCCCAGGGGAAAUACACAAAAACAGUGACGAAGAAGAUGUGGAAGCAAAAAUACAAGUAACCGUAGAAGACACGGAAAGGAUUACCCUCGAGGAAGUCGUACAAAAAUACAAAGGGGACAGGGAGAAGGAGGGAAAAAAAAAAAAAAAAUUAAAAAAAAAAACUCAUAAGUACAUACAUAGUAGUCAGCUAGCCAAUUUUCAAUUUGUCGGAAAAAAUAUAAAAGAAAUAAUGAACUGCGUUUUGCACAACUUGAACAUAUUUUUCAACGAAAAAGUGUUGGACGUUGAACGUGUGAUGGAAGAGCACACCACCGUGGUGGGCAACGUUUCUACUGUGGCGGAAAGCAACCAAGGAAGUGUUUGCACACAGGUUGUUAUGCCAACUGAUGCGGCUACAACACAGGAAGAAUUUCCCAAUGGGGAUAACACCCUUUCUGGUGAGUCUCCCCCGUUAAACGAAGGCGAAGCGGAAACAGUUAUUGUAAGUACGCCUACAUGUGAUAGUCUCCCCCCCUUGAAGAACAAAAAAAAAUGCGUCCCAAAUGGGGAAGUCGUCUCUUCUGAUCAGCCAAGCGAAGCAGUGGGGAAGGUGAAAAAAGAGGCCACUAAGGGGGAUGAAAAUCCCAACUGUGCAGAGGGAGACAAAGAAGACCAAGCGGAGACGGCAAACAGGAACAUAAAAAGAGGGCGUAAGGGAAGGCACGCGAAACGUAUGCACACUUUUAAGAGACCCCCUGGUACACACAACUCCGAAAUUGACGAAGCAGUCGAUGCGCCGUCAGACGUCCAACUUAACAACGAAGAAACUGCAUCGGAUUAUUACAUAAGUUACGAAAAUUUAAAAUACACCAAGGAAGAAAUAAAGCAAAAAAAUUUCAUCUACUAUUUAACACAUGAUAUAAACAAAAUUGAAACAUACAAAAGGAAAUACUUUUACGACUUUUUUUUUAUGUACAUGGUGAGGAAGCUCUUCUGGAAUGUGCUAUGUUUGUAUUACUUGCACUGGAAGGAGCGCCUAUCGGAGGAUGCACCAAUGGGGAGUGGGUCACCAGGUGAUGCCUCCCUGUAUCAACCAAUGGGCAACCAGUUAAAUAACCAAACCCUGCAUGAUGACAACCUAAUCCUGUACGAAAGCGACGUCAGCGUGAACAACGCCAAGAAGAACAAGGCCAUGCUCUACAACACUAACCAGAAGCUGUGCCACAACCUGGACCCCCUGUUUAAAUUAAUUCGCAACGAAAAAUUGCUCAUUUACCUUCGAUAUGAUCAAAAUAAAAGGAUCAAAUGUAAAAACAAAACGGAAUACGUGUAUAGAGAAAUAUGGCAGUACCUUAUUUUAACGAACUUAAGGCAGAAGGCGCAAACUGGGACAUAUAGCCCUUUCAGUGAGUUCGUCCUCUUUCAACAGAACUGA